UUGCCUUUAAUACUUCCCUCCUGAGAUCCUAGAGACAAACCCAGACUCCCCUCCCCCUCUUUCUGCAUAUCCCUCCCCUCUGCGGAUUGAUUGGGGAGGCAGGGGAGCAGAGGUCUGAUGGAGAGCCCUGGUACCUGCUGCCUCUCUGCUAUUCUAUUGCUGCCCCUUUGUAUCCACUGAGCCCUAUCUACACAGCCCAAUGCUGAAUUCCAGCAGGGGAGGGUACCCUGUGGUUUAGGGAUUGUAAAUGCUUUUGCACAAUGACAUGUGCUGGGAAUUAAGAUUAAGUGGCACUGUGUGCGUCUCCGGGUGCUGCAGGAUCAGACAGACCAUUUAACUCACACAGGAUUGCAGGAUGGAUUUAGCAUCAUAGGAAAUCCAGACGGAACUCAGCUGAGCGAGCUGUCCUGGCCAUCUUCUCUGGCAGUAGUGACAGUUUCCUUCUCCGGGCUUAUCACCUUUAUCUUCCUCAUGCUAGCCUGUUUGUGCUGCAAAAAGGGGGACAUUGGCUUCAAGGAGCUUGACAAUGUGGAAGGAGAAGAUUACAACACAGAAUUCUCUAUCCAGAGCUCUCCUGCUGCACAGAAUGGACCUGAGGUUUAUGUCCUUCCACUUACAGAAGUUUCAGUGCCAAUGUCCAAACAGCCGGGGAGAUCAGUUCAGCUUCUCAAAUCCACAAACUUGGGAAGGCAGAGCUUGCUUUACCUGAAGGAGAUUGGUCUUGGCUGGUUUGGAAAGGUCCUGCUUGGGGAGAUAAAUUCUGGUCUGAGCAGCACCCAGGUGGUGGUGAAGGAGCUGAAGGUCAGUGCCAGUGUGCAGGAGCAGAUGCUGUUCCUAGAAGAGACACAGCCCUACAAAGUGCUGCAGCAUGCCAAUCUGCUACAGUGCCUUACCCAGUGUGCAGAGAUCACCCCCUAUCUGCUGGUUAUGGAAUUCUGCCCAUUGGGGGACCUCAAAGGUUAUCUCCAGAGUUGUGCUGCCUCUGAAUCAACAGCCCCAGACCCCUUGACUCUGCAGAGAAUGGGCUGUGAGGUGAGCUGUGGGCUUCUUCAUCUGCACAAGCAUAAUUAUACUCACAGUGACUUCGCCCUUCGGAACUGUCUUCUUGCUGCUGACCUGACUGUGAAAAUCGGGGACUAUGGACUGGCACAUUCCAAGUAUAGGGAUGAUUACCUUGUGACGUCGGACCAGCUGUGGGUGCCACUGCGUUGGAUUGCUCCGGAGCUCAUCGACGAGGUGCAUGGGAACUUGUUGGUGGUGGAUCAGACCAAGGCCAGCAACAUCUGGUCAUUGGGUAUUACUCUUUGGGAGCUGUUUGAAUUGGGAAGGCAGCCAUACCCUAAGUAUUCUGAUCGCCAGGUCCUCUGCUAUGUUAUCAAGGAACAGCAACUCAAGCUGCCCAAGCCACAACUUAAACAUCUGCUCUCGGACCGCUGGUUUGAGGUAAUGCAGUUUUGCUGGCUGCAGCCUGAGCAGAGGCCAACUGCAGAGGAGGUGCAUCUUCUACUUUCUUAUCUGACUGUGAAGGGAGCCAGCGAGCUGGAGGAGGAGUUUGAGAAACGGUGGAAUUCUAUGAAGCCCACUGGUGGGUCAGGCAGUGGUAGUCAUCAUGAGGCUGAACUUUCUUCAUACCCACUGCUUGAGCACUUCUCCUCAGAUGGAUUCCACACUGAUGGUGAUGAUGUGCUAACUGUUACUCAGACCAGCCAGGGACUAAACUUUGAAUACAAGUGGGAGCGUGGAAGACAUGAACAGCACCCUCUAAAUCCAGGUUGCCCACCAUACCAAGACAUGUACUUCACUUCAAGCACUGGGGACAGGCUGAGUCUAGGCGUAUCUCCAUCGUGUUAUGAAAAUAAAGAGGGUAAUUCUUGUCCACAUGAGGUAGUGCCAGUUCUAAGUGCUCACAGCCCAUCAGUGGCAGGAGAUUAUUAUAUUCGCAUUGAAGAACCUUUAAGCAGCAAUGUUCACCAAAACUGCAGCCCACAAUAUGGAGUACACCCUACACAAGAAAAGGAAUUUACUGAGAGCGAGAAUCUAAUCGAAAAUAGUCCUUCUAUUUCUUUAUCUAUGGAGCCAUUGAUGGUUGAAACAAUCCGUAGUGAUAAACAAGACAAACUUCUGCAUAGACAGGUUCUAGAGCAGGACUAUGAAUGUUCUGAAGGGGCAGAUACAGAAGAGAUUCUUCUACAAGAACCCUCAAAAGAAGUAGAAUGUUGCUCAGUUGCAUUUGUGGAUCCCCUUGGAGUCUCUCCAACUUUGAAGCAGCUUUGUCAGGCUAGUCUAGGCUCAGCACAAGUGGCAUUUUCAAAGAACUCAGAAUCUGAAGUUAAAAGAUCUAAUGUUUGUAAGACACAGCUAGAUUCUGCAACACUAAAACUUGAAAAUGAAGGAGAAACUCCGCAGUAUAAUGAAUUUCAGGAAGAUCUACCCACUGUGACCUCUCACUUAAUGGCCUUUUCCCCCCACUGGGCUUCAAAUAUCUCCUCAAACAACAAUAUCUCCACUGCUCCCCUUGACUUUAGUUCUGCAUCCUGGUGCAAUCGCCGUUCUGAUGAUACCCAGAAAGUGGAUAAAGAACCCUAUGGUCCUGAAUCUUGGCAGAACAUGGAACCAGGGGAGUUAGAAUGUUACAAUAAAACUUUGUUUGAUGGUGAGGAAUGCAGAGACUGGUUGGAAAAAACCCUAGACAUAUCUUUAACUCCUUCAGAAGAAAAAUUGAUUGACUUAAAAAUAACCCAAACAGAAUAUACAGAACUUCUUCCUUCUUGCAUGGAGUGUCCAACUAAUGCUGAGAGAGAUUCUGAGCAUAAAACUGAUCCACUUGGUGCUAGUAUAAUAGGGUACUAUACUCCCCCUACACAACCAGAAGCCAUGCAUUCUCUUGAUAUUUCCAAAAAGGGGGAAAAUAUAUUCUCUGUCUCUCAAGAGAUCUGUUCACCUUUGUUAAUGGAAGAAUUCAGUGGUCAAAGUGUUUCGCCAAUCAAAGAAAGGGAAAGCCCUGAGGAAUCUUUCUAUAUAGAUUUAAAUCAGAAUGAGAGUGAUGAUGAUGAAGACACAAUGGAGGUGACAUCCGGGGUCUUCACAGAUCUCCCCAGUGAAAGGGGUGAUAUUUCUCAACCCUUUAGAUCUCUUCAGAAGCAGGUUGGCACUCCCGAUUCCUUGGACUCUCUGGACAUGCCAUCCACUGGCAGUUCCUGUGAGGCCUUCAGUCUUGGAACCUAUACCAACUGUGGGCAGCACAAAGCUCUGGAUAGUGGCUAUGAUACUGAAAACUAUGAGUCACCGGAAUUUGUAUUGAAGGAACCUACUGAUAGCAGAGACACAGAUACUUAUUACCAGAUUAAUCAGGCCAAUGAAACUGGCUUAGGGUCAGAAGAAAUGCCAAUAUCUAGAUCAGUAAGUGGUGAUCUACAAGGCUUGGAUGAGAAAAAUCCAUACAGAGACAGUGCAUACUUUUCUGAUUAUGACUCUUUUACCCGGGAAGAAGAAGAAGUUGAUGGUGAUCAAGAAUUGGCGGGGGUGACAAAGGAAAAAGAUUCUUUGGAGAUUCAGAACACCAAUCUAGAAAUGUGUUUUGAUGACAAAAACACUAAUACAAACAGUUCUGUAACAUUUCAGGACCAGGAACUCCCAGAUAACAGUUCAUCACUGCCUUCUCUACUUGUGCCAAAAGAUUGUGUGUUAGUUGAGCCCCAGCUCAUGGUGAGGCAAGACUCAGUGGAUGAAGGGCUAGGUCUUGAAUGUCAGAAAGAACACUCUACUGAAAAACUUUCUCCUAUGCCUUCAACUGUACAGUCAUCUUCACAUAGGAUCUUCACACUGUCACCAGUUCAGUUGUGCCUGACAAAAGAAUGCACUGUUAAGCAAGGGAAUCUGGGUAGUAUCACCAUUACCACUGGCCUUCAAAUGGAAGAAAAGGUGAUUUCUUGCAAGAAGGACACACUGAGCACCCAUCACAUGACAAAAUGCCUUUCCCCUCCCCUUCCUCGUAAAGAUGGUAAAGGUGGUGAUUCUCUGGAUGAAGAGGAUGAUGAUGAAAGUGAAGAUAGUGAUGACUCUGAUGAAGAACUCCGAUGCUAUAACAUCCAAGAGCACAGUGAGGAGAGUGAGGAAGAGCAUGGAAUAGUUCCCAUUGUCAUAACAGAUAACAGCAGCUCUGGACACCUUAGAAGUCUUCUGAAGAUAUCCAGCUUCUUACCUGAAGCAGUCUGCACUGCAUUUGACAGGAAGAAGAAAGUGGUUUCUUUUUAUGAUGAUGUCACUGUUUACUUGUUUGAUCAGGAGAGCCCAACACUUGAUCUAGCAGAGCAGGAUUUCCCAGAAACACCUCCAAGUAAUGGUCCAAGUACUGUGCAGCAGGAAGUGGAACAGAGAGCAUGUAUGGAGCCUGGGGACAGACCCAUUCUAGAAGAAAAAGGUGUUGGGUUUGAGUGGGAAGACGACCUUGAUCUCACAAAAGCAAAAGCCUCAUUUGUAACUUCCCUGUCAUCAGAAAUGGUAAAGUCAGAGAACAACAGCCUUCCUGCCCCUGUGCCCAUCCAGAAUCCAGCGCUGUCUGUUCAGUUUUCUAGAUUCAGCGUGUCUCCAACAUCUCUCUCCCGUUUCUCCAUUACUCAAGUGGCUGAUUCUGACUUGAAAUCUGUAGGAGCAGGAAAUUGGGAGCCUGGAGAGAGUGUCUAACAAGGAGCACAUUUUUUUAGCGCUAAAAUCUGUCAGGACUGGACGACACAGAGUUUGCGGUUAUCGGAUUUUUUUUUUUGAACUGAUGUUUUCUUUGCUGCUGUCCAAGAAAUCUUUCCAUAACCUACCACACACAUGCACUCAGUUGUGUGCUUGCCUUGUGUACGUGCCUGCCAGAGUGUGUGUGUGUGUGUGUGUGUGUGUGUGUGUGUGUGUGUGUGUGUGUGUGUGUGUGUGUGUGUGUGUGUGUGU